UGCCCACUAGGGCUGACCACCCAAGCCCUGGUUGUGACACUUACUGCUUUCUCUGAGAAAUGAGACCAGAGUUAAGCACCUUUUAAUUUAAUUUUAAUACUUUUUACACCGGAUAAAAGUCUGAUUAAUGAUACUUCUUCAUAUUGGUCUCAUAGCCAAGGCUGUCUGUGCUUGCUUUGACAGAACUCAGAGUAUAGUGACAUCCAAGAUAGGCAUUUCAAUGUGUGAAAUGCUCCUUAAAUAGAACAAACAGAUCAGCAUGACUUAGUGAUAAAAUUACCUUCUGGUUUACAGGCUCUCUAGCAUGUGACUGCAUUAUAGGGAACCCAGCACACCCCUCUGUGCAUAAUAUAAACAAACACAGUUGAGAAUAGACCCAGGUGAGACAUAUAUAAAAAGAGAGAGCAUGGAAGAAAGGAUUACUCGGGCUGCGACUGCCAAGUUAAUGAAAAAAGCUUUUCUUGAAGCUCUAAAAUCAAAUGACUACAAAACCCUGGAAGAUCUUUUGAUACAAAAGCAAAUAGAUGUGGACACGGUGUUUGAAGUGGAAGAUGAGAACCUGAUUUUGGCAUCAUACAAACAAGGAUAUUGGCUGCCUAGUUAUAAGUUAAAAUCAUCUUGGGCCACUGGACUGCAUAUAUCAGCCCUGUAUGGAUAUCUGGAGAGCCUCAUGGUACUGCUAGAUCACAAAGCGGCCGUCAACUACAAGCCAAAUGGGAAAGCCGCUAUCCACGUGGCCUGUGAUGCGGCAAACGUUGAGUGCCUCACAAUCCUUUGCAACCACGGAGCUAAUGUUAACUGCUUUUCACUGAGUGGCCAUGCACCCUUACACUUCUGUACCACAAAGGCCUCUGUGCCUUGUGCCCAGCAGCUCAUUUGGAGAGGAGCAAAUGUGAACAUCACAACAAACAAUCAGGAUGAAGAGACUCCCCUGCACACAGCUGCACGUUUUGGCAUCCCUGAACUGGUCGCAUUUUACGUGGACCAAGGAGCAAAUGUUGAUGCUGUCAAUGCCCACAUGGAAACUCCACUGGCCAGUGCAGCUUACUGGGCCCUUCGCUUUAAAGAGCAGGUGUACAGCCUGGAACACCACCUAAUCUGUAGGAUGCUGCUAGACUAUAAAGCUGAAGUUAAUUCUCGUGAUGAAGAUUUCAAAUCACCCCUCCACAAGGCUGCCUGGAACUGUGACCAUGUGCUGAUGCACGUACUGCUUGAGGCUGGGGCUGAAGCAAACCUGAUGGACAUCAAUGGCUGUGCCCCCAUACAAUAUGUUUUGAAAGUGACAUCUGUGCGGCCAGCUGCCCAGCCUGAAAUUUGCUACCAACUUUUACUGAAUCAUGGAGCAGCUAGAAUAUAUCCUCCACAGUUCCACAAGGUGUUGCAGGCCUGUCAUUCCCACCCUAAAGCCAUUGAGGUUGUCAUUAACUCAUACGAACACAUCAAGUCAACAUCAAGGUGGAGAGGAGCUAUAACCGAUGACGUCUUUGAGAGAACUAUGAAAGAACACCUUUACACCAGAAAAUUCAAGAACCAGGGGCAAAUGGUGACUGUUUUAUUGCAGCUCUGCAUGCAUUUGUGGAAACUGAUUUUGGGAAAGCAAUACAUGAAAAUACCAGAGACAGUCUUUCACAGAUGCUACAAAGAAGAGAGAUCUAACUCUAGCCACAGCUAUUCAAAUAGCAAAGCAGCCUGAACUGGUGAGGCAGCAAGAACAUGGGUAACUUGCUAAACUUGACAAAUAAGACACUAAGUUGGAAGCUGUGAACAGAUGUAGCAGGAGUGCUAAAAGUCGUUACCAUAAGACCCCUGAUGAACAGAGAGAGAAUUCCCAGGCUAAGAGGGACAAAUUCCAGACUACAUGCACAACGUGUGGAAAAAGUCAUAUCCUAAGAGAUGAUGCAUGUCCAGCCAGAGACAGAUGGUGUAUUAAAUGCAAGAAGUGUGGACAUUUUGCAGCUGUUUGCCACACCAAAGUAGUCAGGGAGUUGACUCAUAUUACAGACAAUCAAGAGCCAUUGUUUCUGGGAUUUAUCACGUGUGAAGACAUAGAGCCUCUUCCAGGAAAGUGAAAUUGAAUAUUCAUGGCAAGAUUAUUGAUUUUAAAAUUGACACAGGAGUUGACAUCACAGUUAGCUCAGAAGGGAUUUACAAUCACCUUCAACCCCUCCAAGGGCUUAAGUCACCUGACACAGCUUUCACUAGCCCUGAGGUAUUGUGAAUUGCAUGGGUCAGCUCACUACAGAAACAACUUACAAAGACAGAAGCUAUGUGUUCAAAAGAUCGAAGACCAACAACUUUCCCAGCUACAGCAUGGCAGCCAUGAUGGGCCCAGUGAGAAAGGUGGAAGCUUUGGAUGGAGGAUUUGAUUAUCUUGAACUUUUGAAAGGAGACCCAGCACAAAUCCACUUAAGAGGCAAUCUGAAGUAUACAGUGUACAAACACCUCUACCAGAGAGCCCUUGGAAGAGACUAGUUACAGAUUCAUGCAAAUUCAGAGGACAUAAUUACCUGUUCAUUGGGAAUUGUUUUCCCAGCCAUAUAGAAAUUUUGUACCUGAAAGACAUAAUAUGUCACAGUGUUAUUGAGAAACAGAAGUGCAUAGUUACUCACAUCCAUAUUCCAGAACAACUAGUGAUGGGUGAUGGACCACAAUUCACUGCAGCAGCA